UCUUGCCUGGAGAAUCCCAGGGACGGGGGAGCCUGGUGGGCUGCCGUCUAUGGGGUCACACAGAGUCGGACACGACUGAAGUGACUUAGUAGCAGCAGGGAAAGUUAAAAGUACAUUUCAGGUGGAGGAUCACUGGGAACUACACUGUCUCAUCGCAACCUACUCUGGAACACAACGCGGCAUCCCACACAAGCUCCUAGUACAAGGUGGCCUCAACUAGCGCGCACCUAGUACCGGAGGAAGCCUCGCCUGGAGCCGGAGUGUUCAAAUUCCAACAGCUGGGAAACACCGGACAGUGCCCGGCUCGCCUUACUUCCGCUUCCGGCUCAGACUCCGCCCCCAGCGGAAGUGGUGUGUGUGGGAAGAAAGCGGUGAGACACUCUGGACCGCGCAGGCGUGUUGUGGGUUGCUGCGAUGGCGCCGCCGGGUAUCUUGAACAGGUAUCUUCUGCUCAUGGCACAGGAGCACCUGGAGUUCCGCCUUCCGGAGAUAAAGUCUUUGCUUUCACUUUUUGGAGGUCAGUUCACCAGUAGUCAGGAAACUUAUGGAAAGUCUCCUUUUUGGAUUCUUAGCAUUCCCUCUGAGGAUAUUGCCAGAAACUUAAUGAAACGGACAGUGUGUGCCAAGUCUAUAUUUGAACUGUGGGGUCAUGGGAAGUGUCCAGAGGAGCUGUACAGUUCUCUUAAAAACUACCCUGUAGAGAAGAUGGUUCCAUUUCUGCAUUCAGAUUCUACAUAUAAAAUAAAGAUUCACACAUUUAAUAAAACACUGACACAAGAAGAAAAAGUCAAACGGAUAGAUGCACUUGAAUUUCUGCCAUUUGAAGGGAAAGUAAAUUUAAAGAAGCCACAACAUGUAUUCUCUAUUUUGGAGGAUUAUGGUUUGGACCCAAACCACAUCCCUGAAAAUCCACAUAAUAUUUAUUUUGGUAGAUGGAUUGCAGAUGGGCAGAGAGAGCUUAUUGAGUCAUACAGUGUCAAAAAGAGACACUUUAUUGGAAAUACAAGCAUGGAUGCUGGUUUAUCAUUCAUCAUGGCCAACCAUGGAAAAGUGAAAAAAAAUGAUAUUGUAUUUGAUCCAUUUGUUGGAACAGGUGGCCUUCUGAUAGCUUCUGCUCAUUUUGGUGCAUACGUAUAUGGGACAGAUAUAGAUUACAAUACUGUUCAUGGCUUGGGAAAGGCUAGUAGGAAAAACCAGAAAUGGAGAGGACCGGAUGAAAACAUUAGGGCAAAUCUUCGUCAGUAUGGUUUAGAGAAGUAUUACCUUGAUGUCCUGGUCUCGGAUGCAUCUAAACCUUGCUGGAGGAAGGGCACAUAUUUUGAUGCAAUCAUCACUGAUCGUAAUUGUUUAUUAGCAUACCAACUAGAGCCAAAAUGUCACUUGGAAUUAUGGGAUCAGAUUUUGAAAAAGAAAGUUUCAACUCCAUAUGGUAUUAGAGAAUCUACAAGAAGAACAGGUUCACAGAAGGACAUACCAAAGGGAAUAGAAAAAUGUCCAGAAAGCCACGUUCCUGUUUCCUUGAGUUAUCAUCUGAGUGAUAUGUUUUUUGACCUGUUAAACUUCUCAGCAGAGACCCUUGUGUUAGGUGGAAGGCUCGUCUAUUGGUUACCAGUAUACACACCAGAAUACACUGAGGAGAUGGUACCCUGGCACCCCUGCUUGAAACUCAUCAGCAACUGCGAGCAGAAGCUUUCCAGUCACACAUCAAGGCGCUUGAUAACAAUGGAAAAGGUGAAGGAAUUUGAGGCUAUUGCUGAUGACCUAUGGUUUGGUCCAUCACUUGGAAAACUACAGAUUGGUUGACUAAAGAUACCCUUCCUUGGGGGAUACCAACAGCAGAAACAGACUUGCUGCUGACAGAGCUGUCUGGGUCAUUCUCUGAUGAAGCCAGCUAGAAGAAAGCUGUUGGCUGGGCCGACACCACCCAGAUUGCCAUCGUUGUGGCCUGGAUCCAUCGUUGUCCCAUAUGUGACCGCACACCUGCCAGUAUGUAGACAGGACACGAAGUAAAGGGCUGUGUUUCUGACGCAAAGCUACUGUUCGGUGCCAGACUUAUGACUCCUGCCGAAAAGUAGACCUGAUUGCCUUGCGGUGAAGGAGGCCACGUUGCAUGGAGUGUUGUCCAGCCUGCGCCUGGCAGAUUGAUUACUUCGGAUCUUGGCCCCCACUCUCAGAGCUGUUGCUUGCGUGUCACUGCUGUUGGCGCUUUCUUCGGCUACAGCGUUGCUGUUCCAGUCUGAUCAGUUGACUCCAGCCACAUCACUUUGGCCCUUGAAACUAAGUGGUGUGACAUGUUUGGCUUUCUGAACCAUUGGUAUGACAAUGGUAUUAUACCUUUUAUUGCAAAAGCUGCUCAACCAUGGGCUGAUAGUCAAGGUAUUUGAUAGACUUUCCAUGCUCCCUACCAUCCACAGGCAUCUGGAAUUUUUGAGCUUUGGAAAUUUUCUCUGCAUUGUUCUAUGUUUUCUCUGGCAGUCAUUUACCAACCCUUCUCAGAAAGGCUUAGUAAUACAUUGAUCUAGAGUUAGCUCUGAACAGUACAGUGUUUUGUCCUUUGUCAGACACCUAAGUCUUUUAAUUGUUGGGUUUUAGCUCAGAGACAAUUGUUGAUUAACAGCUUGAGCCUCAGACUGGGAAGGUUUCCAGAACUAGACCCAGAGAGGGAGCUGUGACAAUCUGGUCCAAAAGGAGCCCUCUACCUGGUAUGCUUUAUUAUUGAUGUUGAAGCUGGAAAAUCAAUAUUUCAGCUGAUUUAUUAUCUUUAAUUUUCUUCUCUUUAUAUUUUCCUCUAGAGCCCAAAAUAUGUAAAAACAUUCUUUUUUGUUUUAUUUUAAUGAUAACUGUUUUGCCAUGUACCAGUUACAUGUGCUACUCUACUUUUCCUUUUUUUAUUUUAAGGACUAAUUUUAUUUGUUGGCUGUGGUGGAUCAUAGUUGCUGCAUACAGGCUUUCUCUAGUUGCAGAGAGUGGGGCUACUCUUCCUUGUGGUACACGGGCUUCUCUUUGUGGUGGCUUCUCAUGUUGCAGAGAACAGGCUUAGUUGCUCCACAGAAUGUGGGAUCUUUCUGGACCAGGGAUCAAACCGGUAUCCCUCGCAUUGCAAGGUGGAUUCUUAACCAUUAAACCACCAGCGAAGCUCCCUGCUUUUCCUGUUAUACGUGUUCAAAGGCUUGCUUGCUGCUGAUUGGUUGAUAAAAGGCAUAAAAAGACGAAGGUGUGUAGGGGAACUGCAUGUGGUUUGGAAUCACUGAAGGGAGCAACAGAACAAGGCUAGAAAUUAUGGCAGGAGGGCUUUCUACCUUGCCUCCUGGGGGCGGAAGGCAAGCUACCUUGGGAUUUUCGUGGGUGAUAUUGUCAGGCUUGGUCUAUCACCAUCACUCCAGUAGUGGUUUGGAAUGAAGGGAGAUAGAUUAGAAGCUGGAAUGCUAGUCAGAGGGUUGCUGCAGUCAUCCAUCCAGCUUAGAGAUGUGCGGAUCUCAACUAGAGAGCAGUGACAGUAAAGAUUGAAUGGAGAAUAUUUAGAAGAUGAAAUGAGCAGGUCCUGCUGAUUGACUGCACACAGAGAUGAGUAAUGGAUGAUGUCCAGAGUUCCAGUUGGGCGACUGGGUGGAUGGCACAAUGGAAUAGAAAAUAGAAGAGACCGUGUGUUUAGGUUUGGACAGACAGACAUCCUGAAUGUGAGAAGCCUAUGGAACAGGCACAGAAAACUGCACAACAGACUGUUGAGUAUUCAAGAGCAAAUCUGGAUAGUGGUUGCAAAUUUGAGGAGCAGAAGAUCCUUGCCUGAGACAAAGAGCCACUGAGUGAAGAUACCCCAUACCGGUUCAUUCUGUUGCAUUGCCCCCUUGCAUGAUGUGUAUAUUUAGUAAAGAGAAUUGGCAUGACCCAA